CCGGUCUUGCGUGUGAUGCGUGAGACUGGAGAGCCACUGGGUUACAGACUCUUACAGUUAUCUGCUUUAUAAACAACGUUGUUUUUUUUCCUGCAAUAGAUACAACAAUAAACUAACGAUUAAUUUGAUGCGGUUGUUAUGUAACGGAAUGAUUCGUUAAAGCGAUUUGUAGAGCGUUAUACACAGAAACAGAUGAACUAGCACGAGCUGCUGACUGAGAAGAGACUCGGACUCAAUGACUGAAGAUAAUAAAUAAAAUUAAAUUGCGCCAGAAGAGUUUUUCAUACAGACUGUAUGCUUUGUAGUGUGUAUUGCUGUGUAGUGAGGUAACUAGCUAGGGAGCUUGUAAAGUGAACUCGCAGGGCGCUCGGAUUGAAUUUGGACUAGUUUUACACACUGUUGUUGUGUAAAAUGAGAUAGAAUUGACUCACUUUGUCACCUGAAGCCUUUUUUCCUACAUCAUCGUGAUUUAACGCGACACACAUUUCCAGGACACGAUUCCUAAACCGCAUUAGCAUCGUUUUUUUUCAGCGAAAGAGGAGCUUUGGUUAAAACAUCUCUAUGCCGGCAGACAUGACCAUGUUGGCGGAUCACACAGCCCGACAGCUGCUGGACUUCAGUCAGAAGCUGGACAUCAACCUGCUGGACAAUGUUGUCAACUCCAUGUACUAUGAUGUGGGAUCUCAGCAAAGACUGGCACAGGAAGUGCUUACUAACCUGAAGGAUCACCCAGAUGCAUGGACCAGAGUGGACACCAUUCUGGAGUUCUCCCAGAACAUGAAGACCAAAUACUAUGCGUUGCAGAUACUCGAGACUGUAAUCAAAACACGUUGGAAAAUUCUACCAAGAAAUCAAUGUGAAGGAAUUAAGAAGUAUGUUGUAGGGCUGAUUAUCAAGACUUCCUCUGAUGCAAACAGUGUAGAGAAAGAGGGAGUUUACAUAGCAAAGCUGAACAUGAUCCUGGUGCAGAUCCUGAAGCAGGAAUGGCCGAAGCACUGGCCCACGUUCAUCAGUGACAUUGUGGGAGCAAGUCGCACCAGUGAGAGUCUGUGUCAGAACAACAUGAUCAUUCUGAAGCUACUGAGUGAAGAGGUGUUUGACUUCUCAAGUGGACAGAUGACUCAGGUCAAAGCCAAGCACCUGAAGGACAGUAUGUGCAACGAAUUUUCCCAAAUAUUCCAGCUUUGCCAGUUUGUCAUGGAGAAUUCCCAGAAUGCCCCUCUGGUCCAUGCCACGUUGGAGACACUGCUUCGUUUCCUGAAUUGGAUUCCUCUGGGUUACAUAUUUGAGACCAAACUUAUCAGCACGCUGGUGUACAAGUUUCUGAAUGUACCAAUGUUCCGGAACGUGACGCUGAAGUGUCUGACGGAGAUCGCAGGCGUCAGUGUCAGUCAGUACGAGGAGCAGUUUGUCAGCCUGUUCACUCUCACCAUGAUGCAGCUCAAACAGAUGCUGCCACUGAACACAAAUAUUCGUCUGGCGUACGCAAAUGGGAAAGAUGACGAGCAAAACUUCAUCCAGAACCUCAGCCUGUUCCUCUGCACGUUCCUCAAAGAGCACGGACAACUGAUAGAGAAACGGCUGAACAUUAGAGAGACACUCAUGGAGGCUUUGCAUUACAUGCUGCUGGUUUCCGAGGUGGAGGACACUGAGAUCUUUAAGAUCUGUCUGGAGUAUUGGAACCAUCUGGCUGCUGAGCUGUACAGAGAAAGUCCAUUCUCCACUUCCACCUCCCCUCUACUGUCCACCAGCCAACACUUUGACGUGCCACCCCGCAGACACCUCUACCUGCCUGUGCUAUCCAAGGUGCGUCUGCUUAUGGUGAGCCGCAUGGCCAAACCAGAGGAGGUUCUGGUGGUGGAGAAUGAUCAGGGUGAGGUAGUGAGAGAGUUCAUGAAGGACACCGACUCCAUCAACCUCUAUAAGAACAUGAGAGAGACUCUGGUCUACUUGACUCAUCUUGACUAUGCCGAUACGGAGCGUAUCAUGACCGAGAAGCUUCAUAAUCAGGUUAACGGUACUGAGUGGUCCUGGAGGAACCUAAACACACUGUGUUGGGCCAUUGGGUCCAUCAGUGGAGCCAUGCAUGAGGAGGAUGAGAAGAGAUUCCUCGUCACCGUCAUUAAGGAUCUGCUGGGUCUGUGCGAACAGAAACGAGGGAAAGACAACAAGGCGAUCAUCGCCUCCAACAUCAUGUACAUCGUCGGCCAGUAUCCACGAUUCCUUAGGGCCCACUGGAAGUUCCUCAAGACUGUUGUCAACAAGCUAUUCGAGUUCAUGCACGAGACGCACGAUGGCGUGCAGGACAUGGCGUGUGACACGUUCAUCAAGAUCGCUCAGAAAUGUAGGAGGCAUUUCGUACAGGUGCAGGUGGGCGAGGUGAUGCCCUUCAUUGAUGAGAUACUCAACAACAUCAACACCAUCAUAUGUGACCUGCAGCCGCAGCAGGUGCACACCUUCUAUGAGGCCGUGGGCUACAUGAUCGGAGCGCAGACGGACCAGACUGUCCAAGAGCACCUGAUAGAGAAAUACAUGCUGCUCCCCAACCAGGUGUGGGACAGCAUCAUUCAGCAGGCCACCAAGAAUGUGGACAUCCUGAAGGACCCCGAGACGGUGCGUCAGCUAGGCAGCAUCCUAAAGACCAAUGUCAGAGCGUGUAAAGCUGUGGGUCACCCCUUCAUCCUGCAGCUGGGACGCAUCUACCUGGACAUGCUCAACGUGUACAAGUGCCUGAGUGAGAACAUAUCCUCUGCCGUCCAGACCAAUGGUGAGAUGGUGACAAAGCAGCCUCUGAUCAGGAGCAUGCGGACGGUGAAGAGGGAAACUCUUAAACUCAUCUCAGGAUGGGUCAGCCGCUCCAACGACCCACAGAUGGUAGGAGAGAACUUUGUUCCACCUUUGCUGGAGGCGGUUCUCAUUGACUACCAAAGGAACGUUCCAGCUGCUCGAGAACCAGAGGUGCUCAGCACCAUGGCAGCCAUCGUCAACAAACUUGGGAGUCACAUAACAGGAGAGAUCCCAAAGAUAUUCGAUGCUGUGUUUGAAUGCACCUUGGAAAUGAUCAACAAGAACUUUGAGGAAUACCCGGAGCAUAGAACACAUUUCUUCUACCUUCUCCAGGCUGUCAACUCCCAGUGUUUCCCAGCGUUCCUGUCCAUCCCACCUGCACAGUUCAAACUGGUGCUGGACUCCAUCAUCUGGGCCUUUAAACACACCAUGAGGAACGUGGCCGACACAGGGCUUCAGGUCCUGUUCACCAUGCUGCAGAACAUUGCACAGGAAGAGGGAGCCGCUCAAAGCUUCUAUCAGACCUACUUCUGCGACAUCUUGCAACACAUCUUCUCUGUUGUCACGGAUACGUCGCACACGGCUGGUUUGACGAUGCACGCCUCAAUCCUUGCCUACAUGUUUAACCUGAUAGAGGAGGGUAAAAUCAGCGUAGCGCUGAACGCAGGCACCACGGUAAACAAUCAGGGCUACGUGCAGGAGUACGUAGCCAACCUGCUAAAGACGGCCUUCCCACACCUGCAAGAUGCUCAGGUGAAGGUGUUUGUCACGGGUCUGUUCAGCUUAAAUCAGGACAUUCCUGCCUUUAAAGAGCAUCUAAGGGACUUCCUGGUCCAGAUUAAGGAGUUUGCGGGCGAGGACUCCACAGAUCUGUUUCUGGAGGAGAGGGAAACGGCUCUGCGUCAGGCUCAGGAGGAGAAACACAAGCUCCAGCUGUCUGUUCCUGGAAUCCUGAACCCUCACGAGCUCCCGGAGGAGAUGUGCGAAUGAGCACAUGUACAGUUUUACCCUCAUGAAAGAACAUGCGAGGGGCCCUCAAAGCUCCUCCAAUGGAGACAUAGUGGUUCGAUGAGGACAGAUAUGUUGGUUGUUUGUCGACCAAAUCAAUGCCAAUAUGUAAAUUCGAAACAUUUCACUUUGUACCAAGCCCCUCCCACUCGGUCCCGGCCACCCUUGGGUUUUGCUUGGCAGCAUAACAGCGUGUUUUAUAUGGAGGAAACUAGUGUAUAUCAAUUCAUUGUAUAUUAUUCACCACGGUUUCUGUUUGGUAUUUUGCUUUCCUGUUUGCAAGUACGUAACGUUUAAACUAUUCAAACAUUUUCAAUGUUUUCCUUGUUGCCCUUUAUCCUCUUCUAUUUGUGAAUAUGUAAUAUACAUUAAGACAGGCUAAUGAAGGUGAAAGGGUACUGCACAGGCAGAAAGAUUUUCUCACAUAGGGACAUGCCAUUGGGCUGUGUGGCUUGUACAUACCACAGCAAAUGAAUGUGAAGGAUUGGGAUCAGUGGUAAAGCUGCUCUUUAAGUUCAUUUUUAUAUUUUUUGAGGGUUUGUCGUGUUAUAUAUGUAUAAUUUUCUUUUCCUUUUGGUUGCAGUAUUUGGGGAAUGACUGAAUUGUUUUUUUUUUAUAAUUUAGUGUCUGCAGUGUGUUUUUUUUUUUUUUCGUAAGGAUGCCAUUACAAUGAAAGGGUCUGUUCAUAUUUACUUUGUAAAGCUGUGUAUUAGUACUAU